AUGAGCGCGCCGCUCACCGACAAUGACAGCUCCGUCACGCUCGUCCCUUUCCUCGUUGCCCUCAGCGAUUACCAGAAGAAGGGGAUAGGCGUAGACAUGAUGUUGAAGACAGCGCUCAACAUUGCGCGUCUGUGUAUGCUUCACAGCAGUGACGCGCAGGAUAAGAAAAAAUACUUUCAUAUAGCUGACCGUAUGGUUGAGUGCCGAAUGCUUUGCAACUUUGGCCGCCCGGCAAUGACGCUCAGGCAAGGACUGAAGAUGUUCGCCAUGAAGGAUCGAAUGGAGUUCUGGCACUGGGUGUUCACCUGUCUCUCCUUCUUCUUUCGAGUCCCAGAGCAGCUGAGCGGCGAUCUCAACUACCUACAGAAGGUCGCCUUCCACAACUGGAGCCGCGAGUUGUUUUCAUUUUUCUACCGCUUUUUCAAGUCCCUCUCUCUGUCAUGCUCUCUGAUGAUGGAGCUCACUCAUCGCUCUGCGCUGCAACAGGCGCUGCGUGACGCCGCAACCCCGCAGCAGCGCUUGCACGCCAGCCUGAACAUGAGAGUGUCGAACGCGCUGAUUGUGCGGUCUCUGUGCGAUAUGUACGUGUACUUCAAGUGGAUACCGAGCUACCACCCGGUCAAGACCCUCGAGUACUUGUGCGGCUUCGUGUCUGGCAUCGUUGGUAUGUGGCUUGUGUGGAAGGACACACGGUAUGUUGUGUCGCCGGUUCCUGUGCUGGUGACUGAGCCCACGAGCAAGUUCCCCGGCAAAGACGCACUGAAGCGCGCCGUGUGCGUGCUGGGCAACCAAGGGGACGAUAGCGAGGGUGGCGGCAGUAGCGAUGAGGAUGGGUGA